AACGAGGCACAAAAUAGAACCUUAGCUGCACCAGACUUUGGACGAGGCGGUGUAGCCGCAAGGAAGGAUAUCUCGGCAUUCAUUUCGACCUUAUCUGUCGAUCGCCGUGACGACGCGUCACGCCUUACACGAGUCGGCCGCCGCAGGUAGCCCACGGGAAACGCGAGAGCGGUCCGGCCCCGGCGCGCAUAAUAAAAGGCCGACCGGCCGGUCUCGGACGCCCCUCGCUUUCAGCCCCAGCCGUCGCCGUCUCCCAAGUUCCUCCGCAGGCCCCCGCUCCACGCCUCUGACCCUCUCCCCGUCUUCAGCCGCGUCCCGGCUGUCGGCGACCCGCCGACGGUCCCGUCGUCGUCGUCGUCGCCAUGACUACCUCAAGACGUGUUGCUGAUAGGAAAAUUGCAGUAUUUGAGAAGAAUAUCACGAAGAGGGGUUCUGUUCCCGAGACAGUCAAGAAAGGAAAUGAUUAUCCUGUUGGACCUAUCGUGCUUGGAUUUUUUGUCUUCGUUGUUGUUGGGUCAUCUCUGUUCCAGAUCAUCAGGACAGCCUCAAACGCCGGUCUCUUCUGAGUAGAUUGGUGCUAUGCUUAUAGUGACCAUGAACAGGGCUGUCAUAUGCAGUUGGUUGUCGGUUUAAAACUAGAACUGAAUGAGAUAGCUGGUACUCUUGUGAUGCUUGUUAUACCUCUUACCAUUGUACUUGGUGGAGUUUAAGUUAUAUGGAGAUCGUCAUACCAUUGGACUGCUAAUCUGUGUUGCUCGGGGCCUCAUGCCAUUGGAAAUGUUCCAAUUUAUAUCCAGUUAUAAUUUGCUUUGCAUAUUUGAUUUGAAUGCGUUUGGUUGGUCUUAGUCGUCUUCGUGGCAAUCUACUGACUCGAGAUUUACAAUGGGCCAUAGGGCGCUGUCCCUUGGCACUCGUUCCCAUUUCGCCCAAAUUUUUCCAAGUGGAGGAUAUAGAUUAAUAUUGAGAUCAAGCACCGUGCGCAUGUGGGGAUCCGGUCAACUUGAGAAGAUCAAUCCCCAAAGCAACGACCCAGGUUAUUUUUAGGGGAUGUAUCUUCUUAAAUCUUCCUUGCUUAGAAGGACUCCAUGAUAUGGUACAAUUAUUUACGGCAUACGGUACAAUACUAUCUCUGACCCGGUCUGGUUGCACUGGUCACUGGACCUUCUCAGCCUACACUUACUCCCUGGUAAUCAGGGUAGUUAAGGUAGUUGUUACUACACUUACUCCAGGGAGUAAUAGUCAACCACUUGGGAGAGUGGGGGAGGGUUUCUUGGGCGUGUGAUACUUGGUUUCCGGAGGAGUUGGUUAAAAGAAGUUUCGGUAUGAGUUCGUUGCAUGGCGGUUUAGAUUAGUGCAACUGCGUCAGUCAUGGAGGGGAGAUGAGAAAGGUCGGAACUCCACCUUCCCAGACAGAUCCUUGCCGUAGAGCUCAUGUCUUUGGCGCAAGGACGCCAGGAAUCCACCGUGCGUGAUGCCUAAAGGCGGAUUUGUGUGGAGGGGUUCAUUCUGCGGGAAUGAAGAGGAUUGGCGGAGUCGAGGGAUUCUUCUCUCACAGCUGAAAUGCUGAUCCAACUAUCUUACUCAGGUGUAGGUGGCAUGCACGGCGCGGCACGCCGGAAUGAGUUGAUCAAUUAACAAUUUCCACGCUGCUCACACUUCUUGACCUCAUCUUGUUACGUGAUCACCACCAAUGUGCAGAGUACCUGACGGAAGGGUCACCGGAGUUGGCCUGAUUCCCCGGAGAUGGCGAAGCCCGGAAGGCGCCCUGUAAACAAGUAUGCAUUUGCCACCACCGUGCUAUCGACUGCCACACCCCUCUUCUUGGGCUACGACCUGGCCAUGGUGAGCAGCACGGCCGUGCUCGCGGAGGCCGACCUGAGGCUCCUGGCGUGCGUCGUCGUGCUCUCUUCCCUCGUGGGCGCGCUCACAUCCUUGGUAGCGCAGUGCUUCCUGGGUGAUCGCCGCACCGUCCUCCUGUCCGCCGUGGUGCUCUGCGUGGGCGCACUCACCAGGGGGCUCGCCGCCGGCCCCGCGGCGUUCACGGCCGGUGUCUUCGUCAACGGCAUCGGCAUGGGCCAGGCGCUCAUGAUCGUCCCGGCGUACGUAGCCGAGCUCUGUCCCUCCUCGCUGCGCGGCGCCCUCACCUCCCACCCGGACGGCUUCGUGUACCUCGGCUGCAUCCUCGGUUCCCUCUGCUACUCCACGGGCUUCGUGAAGCUCCCGGCGAACCUCGCCUGGUGUCUGACCAUAGUCUCCGGAACGGCCGUUCCGGCCUCGCUCACCUGCGCCGUCCUUCUCAUGCCGGAGUCGCCCCGGUGGCUCGUGGCCAGGGACCAGAUGACCAAGGCCCGGCGCGUGCUCUCCAGGACGUCCGCGACGCUGGAGGAGGCAGAGCUCCGUUGGCUUGAGAUAAAAGCCGAGCUCGGCGCACCGCACGAUGGCAUCGAAGAGACGGUGGCGACGUCGGUCAGACGUAAACGGUGGAAGAAGGAGUGCGCGAUAUGGAGGGAGCUGCUGGCGAGGCCGACGGAGCCUCUCCCCCGCGCGAUCGUCAGCGCGCUGGUCGCCAAGGUCUUCGCGUCCGGCAUGGGGCGCAUGUCCCAGUACGUGCAGCGCGGCUUCCUCGACGUCGGCGUCUCGUCGGCCCGGCAGACGCGGAGGGCGCUGCUGGCGUUCGGGAUCGCCGUGGUGAUGUCCUUCUCCGUGUCGCUGGUCCUCGUGGAGCUCGGCUUGCUGCUGGUGACGGCACUCGCAGGUAGCCGCGCGCCGUCCCACCCACCGCCUCACCGCUGCGGCGGCCACGUCGGCAUGACACGGCGGCAAGAGCAGCUGAAGCGGUCGAGGGGGCUGUCCGCGACCAUGCUGCUGUCGCUGAUAGCGCUGGUGUGGAUCGCGCCCGGGCCAGCGCAGUGGGCGGACGAACCGUCGCCGUCAUCGUCCGGCAGCAGCCGGUGGGUGUGGGCGGCGACGGCCGUGGUGAAGAGGGCGUCGGUCUUUUGGAGCUUCGCGAGGGCGUACGGUGCCAGCUCCGUCCCCGUGCAAUGGAGCUUGCUCGUUUGCCCCGCGGUCGGCGUGCUCGUGUGGUUCUUCUUUUGUGCGUGCCUCCUUGGCGCGAGGAGGAGGCGAGCCAGUUUCAUUCACGUUCGGUCUUUCCCAAUAAGCACGUCCGCCGCUAGUCUAGCGAGCUUGGUCCACGGCUGAACGGGCGAUGGCACCAGAGGCAAGUAGGAUGGCUUCCGCCGGCUGUUGGCGGCACGAUGCUAGCGAUUGCAUUCUUGCAUUUUCUCCUGUGCUGACGAGGACCGGAGAGCAUGCAGUCGGUGCCUCGUGGAUGUUCGUGCGGGAACGGAAAAAUGUUGGAAAUUUGAGAACACAAAGUUCUUGAGUGUGCAUAUUAUAUAUUAAAAAAGAAAGGCAAAGAGUGCUUC